CGAGAGAUCAAAAUAUGGAUGAAAUUAAAACAUCGGAAUAUCGUGCCAUUCAUAGGCGUAACAGCGAGAUUUGGACCCCCCGAGACCAUCUCUCUCGUUUCGCCCUGGAUACCCAAUGGAACAUUGACAAAUUUCUUGGACACCUACGGUGGAAAUUCAUCACUGAUAUCGAAGUUAUGGCUGCUUCAUGAUGUCGCAGCUGGUUUAAAUUACUUACACUCAUUCCCUCUCAUCCACGGAGAUCUAACCGGUAGCAAUGUCUUGAUAAACGCAGAAGGCAUGGCGUGCCUUGUGGACUUUGGGCUUUCUACGGUGAUAGGAGGACUUGAAGGUGGAUCUUCGAUUGCCCCGUCAUCCUGCCGUCCCGGUGCAAUACGGUGGACCGCUCCCGAGCUUCUUGGAGAUCCAGAGAUUUCCUAUUUGCCUACACCAAAAAGUGACAUCUAUUCUUUUGGUAGCGUGAUGCUACAGAUCCUCUCUAACAGAUUUCCGUGGUAUACAGAUAGAGGCAUCACGGCUGAAUUUCGUAUCAUAGCAAAGCUGAUUGUAGGAGAAACUCCGCCUCGGCCGGAUGAUCCAUGCAUUUCAGAGAAACACUGGGCCCUUAUCUCGGAAUGCUGGCGCCCGAUCUCGAGCACGGAAAGUCGUCCAACAGCUGUACAAUUA